GCGCCCCUUCCGGCGGCGCCGGUUCCGGAGCGGCCGCGGCGCUGCGCUUCCGCGCGUGGGAGGCCGGCAGCCUGCCGCCCGUGCCGCCGGACGCCCCUUGCGAGAUCUGGGAGGUGCGCACGCCGGAGGACGUGGCCGCGCUGCUGGCGGGCUGCCCGGCGGAGGCCGCGGUGUGCUGUGGCUUCUCGAGGGCCCACGCCGUGGGCAUGGCGGCACAGGCGGCGGUCCUGCGCGCCCUGGCCGCGGCGCAGCCCGCCGGGAUCGUCUUCGCGACGGUGGACAUGGACGCGUCGCCGGAGGUGGCCGCGUGGGCGGGCGCCGUCGCGCCCGGGUGCCGCCUGGUGCAGCCAGACGGCGUGCUCCUGGAGGUGGUCACUCCCGCCGAGGCCCGGCAGGGCGUCCUCCACAAGAAGGUCCUCGGCUGGGCCAGGAGGAGCGCGGCGAGCGCCGGCCCGAAGCUCGAGGCCCUGGCGCGGAGGUUCCCCGGCGCCCUGUGCGCCCAGGCGCGGACGGCGCCGGCCGGGGGCGACGUCUCCAGGAUGCGGAGCAGCGGCGUAGAGGCGCUGCAGCGCGGCGGGGACACCGCGGCCUGCCAGUCCUUCGAGGCCCUCUGCGACUGCUGCGCCCGCGGCGGCGCCGUGGCGCGGACGCGCGACGUGGCCGCGCUCGCCCGCGCCCUGCGCUCCAGCAGGGGCGGGGGCGAGCCGCUGCCGCUGCUGGACCUGUCCCGCCGGCUGGCGGCGCAGAAGUUGCUCGGCACCGGCGAGCCAGGGGCCCACCAGGCCAUGGAGCUGCUGGUGGACGCGGCGCUGCAGGUCGCCUUCGCGGACGAGGGGCCCCCGGCCCCUGCGAAGCACCAGCAGCUGGCGCUGCGGUGCGUGUCCGAGCUUCUGGGGCAGGCGUCGCUGGGCGAGGCGCUGCUCCCCGUGGCCGCGGCGCUCGUGGCCACCGGCAGCUGGGCCGCGAUCUGGGCCGCGGCAGCGGCCGAUCGCCCCCCCGCCGUGGCCGAGGCGGCAGCGGCGCUGCUGCUGAACGGCUCCGUCGCGCUGCGGGGCGCGUGCUGCCUGGUUGCGCACGCCCCGCUCCUCGCCGCUGCCCUGGAUGCCCUGCGGCGGUGCCCAGACAGCGAGGCCCUGAACCUGGCCGUGGGGAACCUCCUGGCCGUGGCCUGCGACGAGGCAGACGCCAAGCGCGCUCUGCAGUGCCAGCCGCUUCCGCCGCUGAGGGCCCUGGCUGCCGCGCUGUUCCGCGGGGACCUGGACGGCAGGGAGCUUCGCGCCUUCCCCGCGGCGUGGCGCCCCCAGUCGCCGCCCGAGGCGGCGGCGGGGCGGCCGGAGGGCGCCGGGGCGGCGGCGGCGGAGGGUGCGCGGCGGCGCCCGCCGCUGCCCUCGAGGCACAGGAACGUCCGCCGAGGCGGCGGCUGAGGCUAGACCAUCGCGCGCUGAGCGCCGGCGCGGCCCCUGGGCCACGCUGCUCGGCGCCGCGGGUCCUGCGCCGCGGUGAGCGCCUUCCGCCGUGUGACGCCGGCGCACCGGGGAGCGCGCCGCGCGUGCCCUGUCCGGGGCAGCGUUACCCUGAGUCAGAGCCCCGAAUCAUCAGGGGUAA